AUGUGCUCGGAGGUAGCCGCAGGAGAAAGGACCGGCUCAGCUCCGCACUUCAUGAAGAUUUCUAAACCCAAGAUAAACAUGAAGCGUUUUAUUAUUAUUUCCAUGGUGGCUUCAAUGGUGGCUGUGAACAAAGGCCAGAUCACCAGUCAGAUCGCAGGGAUGCAAACUGCUCUAUCAAACCCAACUGUAUGUACUCAGUCUGCUACAGACUGGAGGAGACCAGUACUGAGCGAUAUCUCAGUUGAAUGUGGGACAUCAUACAUAGGUCUGGCGAUCCAGCUGUGCCCAGUCCUCUACACCGGCUACAAUGAAACUCUGCUCAUUAUCAACCAGAUUUUUGGUAACUCCAACUGUAAAGGCACCUUAGAUGAGACGGUCUUUCCUCCCGUGGUCCGCUUCAGGUUCCCCAUCAACAUGACGCACGCUUGUGGAAGCAAAUUUGUGACCAUCAGUGGACCAGGCACAGGGGUCUUUGCUGACUUCUCCAACAUCGAGACAGUAAACAUCAGUGGAAGUGUGACUUCUCUGGAUCCAACUCAGGGAAAAGUGACCUAUAACGCAGAACUGUCAUAUUUCUACUCAUGUGCCUACCCCCUGGAGUACUUGAUCAACAACACACGCAUAGAUGUGUCGGCAUCUUCCAUUGCAGUGAGGGACAACAAUGGAAGUUUUAUCAGCACUCUGAGCAUAGAGCUGUACAGUGAUUCGCAAUUUAAAAUCCCUCUGACAGUACCAAAGGAGGGUCUAGAGCUCAGGACUGUGAUCUGGGUCAUGGUGAGAGCGGACAACCUGACUGACCAGUACAGCGUGUUAAUGGACAGAUGCUACGCCUCCAUUUCUCCACUUCCAACAAACUCCACUUUCUUCAACUUAUUUGUGCCAUGUUCCCAAGAUCCUUUGACAACAAUCUACCUGAACGGAGACGGACACAGGGCGACCUUCUCCUUCCAGGCCUUCCGCUUCCUGGAGCAACAGAAUGAGACCGUGUCCACGUACUAUCUGCACUGCAUCACCCGGCUGUGUGAAAUCAGCACCUGUGAAUCCUUCAAGCAAUGUUCCAGUAGGAGGAGGAGAAGAGAAAUCAAGUCGACUGAACUCGGAGACCUCACCACUCUCACCUCAAAGAUCCCAAUAGUGACCCAGAACAACAACAAAGAAACUGUUCCGGUACAAGGUCCUGAGAGGUCUGUGGGGGAGUCAAAGAAGGGUCUGGAGAUCGCGGUGGGCAUCUUGGCUGUGGCGGUGGCUGCUGUCUUUGUGGUGGCUGCUGUCUUCUACAAGAGACUCAAACACUAA